AUGAGCACCUACAACCCUCCCACACUCCAGCAGCUGGCACUGGAUGCUCUGCUGAGGAAUGAUGCCAUAGACUCCUCCGAUCUUGAUCAGCUGCCCACUGUGCUCUUCCCACCACUCUUCCUAGAGGACUUCAAUGGUAGACACACUCAGAUAUUGAAGGCAAUGGUGGCAGCCUGGCCCUUUUCCUACCUCCCUUUGGGGCCACUGCUGAAAACCACUAAUGUGGAGAUGCUGCAAGCUGUGCUAGAUGGCAUAGAUAUACUGCUGACCCAGACAGUUCGUCCCAGAUGGAAACUUCAAGUAUUGGACAUGAGAGUUGUGCACCAGGAUUUCUGGGAUGCAUGGGCUGAAAAAGAGGAUAGUGUCUGUUCAGCAAUACUUUGAUCAAGGAGCAAGGUCCAGAGUGCAAUCUUGGUUAUCCACUGGAGGCAGUGUUUUCAGGUCGUCACUAACCUGGCCCUCUUCUCUUCUCUGAACAAACACCAAACAUGUUUGCUGAAGUGGGCAGGGGAGAGAAAAGACUCUUUGCAACUUUGCUGUCUGAAGAUGAAGAUUUUUUACUUCCCAUUGGAGAUUAUCAGGGAGUUCUUUAACAUUUUCAAGCCAAACUAUAUUGAGGAAUUGGAAAAAAACACAAACCAGGUCAUGUACUUCCUAGGUUUCUUUGGACAUUUCCUUGGUGAGAUGAGAAAUCUUCUCAAAUUCCAUCUACAUCAAACCCACUUCAACUUUAGUCUUAUGAACACAGUAACAGAUGUAAACAUGUGUGCUGCCCAAUUCUUUUCUCAGUACUCCAAACUUAACCAUCUCCAGCAUCUCUAUGUGAAUGGAGCCUACUUUUCCUACGACAACAUGACAGAGUUGUUCAGAUGCCUGAAGAGCCCCCUGGAGUCCUUUUCUAUGAUUUUCUGCCAUCUCUCAGUGUCAGACUUGAAACAUAUGUCAGAGUGUCAGAGGCUAUAUCAACUGAAACACUUGCACUUCUAUGGUGUGCUGUUUUCUGAGUCAUGUUUCAAGAGUCUCCAAAUUCUCCUAGAAAAUGUAUCUGAAACUCUGCAGACCCUGCAGAUAGAGAACUUCAGGUUCACGGACUCUCUACUCAAAGUGCUCUUGCCAACACUGAUCCAUUGCUCCCAGCUCACCCUGGUCAAUUUCUAUGACAAUGGCUUCUCCACUCCUGUACUGAAGGACAUUCUGCAAUGCAUGGCCAAUCUAAGCAAGUUGACUGUUGAGCAGUACUCUGCCCCUCUGGAUUGCUAUAAUAACAUGGGUAAUGUUGUGGUGGAGAGAUUUUCCCAAGUUGAUCUUGAGCUCAAGGAUAUACUCAUGGCCAAAAGGCAGCUCAAGACACUCUUUUUUGCUACUGUCCCCUGCCCUCAUUGUUGGAUGUGCUGUGUCUAUGACAGGAAGACCAGACUUUGCUAUUGUUGGCAGGAAAAGGAGAUUGUUUCUGGAUGCUGA